AUGUCAUCAGGUUUCGUUUCAUCCGGAACAAACGAGCAACCCAUCGAGCGUGACGAUGAGUGGCUCCGAGCGGAACAGGAGCUAGAGGAAGAGCGGAGGCGGAAGGCCGAGAUAGGAAAGCAGGAUGGCGGCAAAAGUCUCUUUGAGGUAUUGGAGCAGAAUAAAAUGGCCAAACAAGAAGCUUUUGAAGAGAAAUCCCGUCUCAGAAACCAAUUCCGCUCCCUCGAUGAAGACGAAGUCGACUUCCUAGAUUCCGUUCUCGAGUCAACACGCGCCCGGGAGGCCGCGGUGAAGAAGGAGACGGCGGAUCAACUUGAAGCCUUCCGCCGACAACGCGAGGAGGCACAGAAAGCACUGCUCGAAUCAACCUCGUCGGAUGUAACACCCGUGCAAGGGGAAGAUUGGGCCGCGCUCGCUCGCAAGAGACGGCGUGAUAAACAAAGGGACUUAUUGAUUCCAGGGAAGAAGCGCAAGGCUUCGGCUACCGAGAACGCCGCUGGGAAGGACACAAACGAUGGGAAAGACUCACAGGGACAGGCUGGGGCUGGCAGUUCAAGUACCAAGAGGCUGGAUCAAGAGACUUCCAAGUCCAAUGAAGCCGCACCUGCUUCUGUCGCAGCGUCUCAAACUACAAACCCUGCCACACAGCCCAAGGUGGUAACAGAUAUAGAAAAGGGGCAACUAAAGACAAACAGCCCGACAAAACCACCUGCGGUUUCGCUUGGGUUGGGAGGAUACAGUUCGGACUCGGAAUAA